AUGAAGGUUAAACCUGAUGCAACGGAUCGCCAGUGUUUGGCGUCUCAGUUCAGAUGCAGCGCUGACGGUAGCUGCAUAUCCUCGCGCUGGAAAUGCGAUGGCAUUCGAGAUUGCUCCGACGAUGAGGAUGAGAUCAACUGUCCUAAAACCAGUACUGAACGCGCAGCAGCGACAACAACGACAACGACGACAACUUUUAAAUGUUCUGCCGGCAUGUUUGCGUGUUUAGCUGACAAAAUGUGCAUCACUGAUUCAUGGAGGUGUGAUUCUAUUAAGGACUGCUCUGACAAUCAGGAUGAAAUCAAUUGUGCCCCAACUACAACAACCACAACUACUACAACUACAACGACAAAGGCAACAACAAAAAAUUCCUUAAUUUGCAACCAGACAGAUGAUACAUUAUGUGGGAUUGACGUGAAGAGAUGCGUUCCAAAAAGCUGGCUCUGUGAUGGCAUUUUCGAUUGUGACGAUGAAAGUGAUGAAGACAAUUGUCCUUGUGAAAUCGGGCAAAUUAGGUGUGAACCGCUGGCAACGUGUCUAAACAAAAGUCAGAUUUGCGAUCAGAUAAGACAGUGCCCUGAUAAUAUUGACGAGUCCAAUUGUGGCGAAUGCAUACAUAGAAGUUUGCUGUGUGACCAUAUUAAGGACUGUACCCAAGGAGAUGAUGAAGAUGUCGGCAGAUGUCCUACAUGUGACUCCACCCACUUCAUGUGCCACCAAUCACGAGUCUGUAUUCCAAGUCACGUGGUCUGUGACGCAAAAGUUGAUUGUACGGAUGGCUCUGAUGAAGUCAAUUGCGCAAACCAGAGCCGAUCCAACGAAACAAACUCGCGAUUCAAAUGUGGCAAGAGAGGUUCAUACUUGGAUAGCAUCGAGUCAUACUUAGUAAAUGGGAAUUUGGCUAAAAAAUCAGCCUGGCCUUGGCACGUACAGAGGCACCAAGAAAUUUCACAUCCAAAAACCUAUAGGGACUCAAAAGGUCACAACCUUCCAGCUUCCAACUUCACAGUCAAAAUAGGCGACAACACUUUGUACGCAUACACUGCAGCAACCUACCAAAUAAGUAGUACUGUCAGCUUUGGAUUCAAUCCAGCCACACGCGCCAUGGAUUUGGGUCUGCUAAAGUUGACGAAAGCUCUUCAAUUCAGUGAUAAUACUGCUGCUGAUGUUGUUGCGGCUACUGUGUGGCCCGUUUGUCUGGCAGCUAGUGGCGAUGACGUCACAAGAUAUGACGUAUGUGUGGUGUCGGGAUUUGGAGUUACCGAUCCAACUGGUUCCUCUCCCAUCUCCCAAAAGUUACUCCAGGGUCGGAUGAACCUCCUCAGUUACGAUGACUGCUUCUCAAACAUACUAUCAUUCAGCAACGUGACUCUUCAGCAGCUUGAGGGCCUCAUUCAGAAACCUUACAUGAUGUGUGCUGGUUCAAUCCCUACCAUGGAAGGCGUCAAUAUUUGCACGGGCGACGCGGGCGGCCCUCUAAUGUGUAGGGAUCCCACAAACUUUCAGUGGUUCCAGGUGGGGAUAGCCUCACACACGUACCUGAACAGGCAGAAGAACAAUCUAUGUAUUGCAAGCAUCUUCACCAACGUUUCUACGUUUUCUUCAGUUAUUAAAUCAGUUAUGGAAAUGUUUUGA